AGUGUGAUUGUUGCGACGUCAGGCGGCCCUGUAUGCAGGAUUACAUCUCUCCCGACACGGACGAACGUCGGUCGUGAAUUUAACACAGACGCACAUACCUAUCCUUGUCCAAUACUGAGAUGUAUUGCUUACACGCCACGCGACUCUGUACGCAUGUACUUCUGACCCGAUACUGUACCAUUGCUGCUCGCUACUUCCGUUUGCGCUUCAUGUAGUUUCCUGAUUGUGGUGCGCCUAAAUUUGUCCGUUGCUGUGCCUUGGACGUGCCUUCGCAGCAUGGUAAGCAUUCCACCCGCUGCAUCGGUAGUCUCACCGAUACCCUUGUUCUAUUCAACACCAGCAGCAUCAAAGUAAGCGACCAGCAGUGAGUAUUAAAUGCUUGAACUCGCCUCGGCAGACCAGAUCAAAUCCAGAAACCAAUCGGCCCGUCCUUCAGCUUCUACCAACCCAGCACAUAUCAGUCGCCUUCACCAUGAAUUCAACUGUCGUCUUCAUCACUGGUGCCAACCGUGGCCUAGGUCUCGGCUUGUUGCAGAAGUACCUCGCCCAGCCUGACCACACCGUCAUCGCUGGCAACCGUAACCCCGCGCACCCCUCGUCAAAGGCGUUGGCCGACUUGCCCAAGGCCAAAGGCAGCAAACUCAUCGUCGUGAAGCUCGAUGCUUCGGUUGACCAGGAUGCCUUCUCCGCCGUCAAGGAGCUGCAGGACAGCCACGAUAUCGAUCACUUCGACAUCGUCAUCGCCAACGCAGGCGUCUCAUACGCCUGGCCACCCGUAGCCGAGCUCAAGCUCGACGACCUUCGCGGCCACUUAGCCCCUAAUGUCUUCGGCUUCCUUACCCUCUACCAGGCCACACGUGCGCUUCUGCAAAAGUCGUCGAGAGAGCCAAUCUUCGUGCCAAUUGGGUCUACCGCCGGAGCUAUCGCUAACCAGCCGCCCAUCCCGAAUGCGGCGUACGGCCCCACCAAGGCGGCAGUGAACUGGUUCACAGUCCGCAUCAACAGCGAGGACGCCUGGCUCAAUGCCUUCGUCAUGGACCCUGGCUGGGUGCAGACAGAUCUCGGCAACGCCGGCGCACAUCACUUCGGCGCCCCGCAAGCCGACACGACUAUUGAAGAUUCGGUCAAUGGCAUGAUCAAGGUAUUCAAUGAAACAUCCAAGGAGAAGCAUGGCGGCAAGAUGAUUGGCUGGGAGGGUGACGUUAGGGGCCUGUAGGUUCAGUCCAACUACAGACACAGAGAGAACAGUCGCAUUCACACCUGCGUUCUGGUCGGGUUCGUUUGUACGCAACAGAUACUUCUACAGCAGGAAUAGUGCAUAGCUCCUCGAAUGAAACAUGCUAUACCAUAGCUCAAACAGGGCACAAUUUGGUAGACACACUCUGAGUUCCUGGGUAUGAAUGCCGUCUCUCGCUUGUCCCUUUUAGCUUCAGGAUAUUCGUACGUGUCAGAAGGAGGAUCUGGGU